AUGGGGCAGCCUCCACAGCGGCGGGAGGAGGUGGAUGCUCAGGCCAGGACCCCCCGCCCCCCCGCCUCGCCGAAGAGGAGGGACCCGCCUAUGGGGCUGACCCCACGGCCGCGGGAGGCUCAGGGUGAUGAGAUGCCGUGGGGCGGCUCCUCCCACCCUGGGAGCCUGGGACAGGAACCCCCCCUGGGGCCGGCCCCUCGGCCAGCACAGGGGUGCAGGCGGGGGGUCCCCCGCCCCGCCGCCCGGGCCCCAUGCCCCCCGCGGCUCCUCCGCAUUCCUCAGCGUCUGAGCCGGGCUGGACCCCCGCCAGCGCGGGGGGCCCCUCCGGCGGGGCAGGGCGGGGGACGGGCCCCCCGGGGCGGGGUGGGGAUGGAGGGGGGCCCCCCCCCCCGCUGCCACGUGUGCUGGGUGCGCCGUGCCCCCCGACACGGCCCCUCGGCCGCCCCCACCCUGCCCUGGGCGAUGCGGGUGGCCGCGGGGGCACAGCCGGGGGACGGCAUCGGCUCUGGCUCGGGCGCUCACUGCUGCACCGAGCUGCCCGUUCUCAGCUGCCCGCCAGAUGUGCGGCGGCCGAGCCACGAGGGUGGCAUUGUGUUGUGUGCCGUCCCAUGCCAUUCUGUGCCACGCCGUGCGGCCGGCAGCCCCUGCUCGGCCCCGGCAGCAGCGGCGUUGGCCGGCGGGGAAGGGGCCCCGGCGGGGGAGGAAGCUCUGCCGCCUCCGGGGCUGGGGCCAGCGGGCUCGGCCGCCCGGGUCACCGCCGGGCUGGUGGCCGCCACCGCCCUCCUCUGCCGCUGGGAAAGGCCUCGCUGGGGCAGGCCCGCGGGGACUGACGGACGGACGGAUGGAUGGAGGAACGGAUGGGGGGGUGGAAUGGGGACACCACAGCUCUAG